AUGGCAAGCAUCGGCGAGACGAGGGGCGUAACAGACGACGCUGAUAGCCGUCAGGAAGACGGAGGGGGCACCAUAAGGUCCGUAAUAUACAAUCGCCAGGUUAUACUCGUGGAUAGUGAUGAGGAAGACAUGUGCCGUUACAAGGAAAGCGUGUUCCCUCUGUACACGUCCAAAAACAUCGGCCACCGUAGCGGCUCCAUAUACACCAGCGCGUUGGGGAAGAUGUUCGGUGUCUCGGACCGCAGAGAGACUCAGCUGGAGGCCACGAUGAACUCAGAUCCCACGGCCGACUGCUUCUGCCACAACGGAAUCUGCAUCGUGCAUCCGCCUAGGUGCAUGCUGCAGAUUUUUUCGCUCAGGCUAGCUAAAGUUCCUUCCAGCAGCGGCUCAUCACUAGAGUUGUAUGGAUACAUAGCGGUGCGGGACAACCUGGAUCGGCUGCUUAACUACGUCGUCAGCUACAGCAGGGAUGAUCCCGUCGUCGUGGAGCAGGGGUCUCUCAUCACCAUGAACGGCCCUAAGCGAGCCAUACAUCUGCUUGACACUAUUGUAAUCGAGUACGACAUGAGGAUCAAGACAGGCCAAGACGAAAACGAUGAUCUGCAGCUGAUUGAUGGUCUGUCGGCCGUAGACGGCAAUGGCGUGUGGGACUCUCGCACGUUAGCAAGACGCAUCCACGGCGACUGCGGCGCCGUCGACAUGGUUUUUCUACGUCUUCGAUGCGGCGUCGAGGCGACCGUGCAGGUUUCCGUUUCCCAAGUGAAAUGCGGCUUCAGUUUGCGUCUCGGUUGCUUCGUCAAUAGAUUAGAUGAAGAGAUCUGUCUCUUUGAUGGCGCCAUCAUCGGCGAAUCAGGUAUCUUACACAGGUCUGUGGUUGCUGUAAUCAUGGAUUCAUGGAUGAAUUUGAAGUUCAUGAUUGGGUCAGAGUCCUCUACGACUUCUGCUCAAGUUUGCUGUUCCUUCAGGGCCAACAACCAUGGGAUAUCUACUCAACAUAUAAAGACUCAUUCUGCGCUUAUCUCAAUUAAGGUCACUUGGUCGACUCUGUCUCUCUGCCUUGAUGAUCUAUAA